CUCCGACCAUCUUCAUCUCCGUCACGUUCAGCGACACUUUGUGCUUUUCAACCCAUCCCGCUCUCUACAAUCGACUCGACCACAACAUGGCGUCCGAAGAAAAAGAUAUUAAGAAUCUUGAGAAGGAAGACAAGGAUGCUCUUGACGUCCUGGCCUCUGAGGCCAAGGAGUUCGAGAAGGAUGCCGAAAUCGACAGAAUUCUCAAGGCCUUCAGGCUAGACGCCUACGCAGUUCUCGACCUAAAUCCAGGUGUGCCCGAAUCCGACAUUAAGAUGUGCUACCGCAAGAAGUCGCUGCUCAUCCAUCCGGACAAAACACGCAACCCGCAAGCGCCCGAAGCCUUCGACCGACUGAAGAAGGCACAGACGGAGCUGAUGGACGAAAAGCACCGCGAGCGCCUGGACGAGGCCAUUGCCGACGCGCGCAUGCUGCUGAUCCGGGAGAACAAGUGGACGGUCGACUCGCCGGAGCUGAAGACGGAGGAAUUCGCGCAGAAGUGGCGGGUCAAGACGACGGAAGUGCUCAUCGAUAACGAGCAGAGGCGGAGACGGCAAGUCAAGGCGCAGAUGCAAGAGGAGGGCCGCGAACAGAAGCGUCAGGACGAGGAGAUUGAGGAGCGCAAACGCAAGAGACAGCAUGAGCAGGACUGGGAGUCCACGAGAGACCAGCGCAUCGAUAGCUGGCGGCAAUUCCAGAAGGGCAAGGGCGGACCGGAAAAGAAGAAAAAGAAGCUGAAACCCAUCGGCUGAGCACACGUUUACAGGGGUCGAGGGGCGAUGAUGGUAUGAUUGCCGCUACUAUGGACAUGGGCUACGUCGGGGUCUCCUGUGAGUUCAAAUGAUAGUCACGAAUGCGCUCUUGAACCUAACUCCCCUAGAGAGUGAUGUUUUCUUUCGCCGUGUAGGCUGGAAACGGUGCCCACCAAUUGUAAAUGGCCAAAACGCACCUGCGACAGUUGACCUGGGAUAUGCGUUGGUUGGGGUUUUCCUUGUCCCAGGGGUUGGACUUGACUAGGGGUCUUCUAGAUUCGUGGGGACGUGCUGCCUCAGGUGCUCCGCUCGAUGGGUCGGUUAACAUACAAACCCCCCCUUUCCGGCCACCCACCUUUCUGGCCACCUAAUCUGCCAACUACAACAACCUUCGGCACAACAGAUUAUCGUCGGUAUCGGCU